AUGUUGGUCACCUCUUCGCAAUCGUCAACUCAACGCCCAUUGGGUUUAUCAGUAGAAGAACUAUUUGCAUUAGAUCGUCAAUAUCGUCGUAUUGAACAACAACAACAACAUUUAGCACAAUUACAAAAUCAAGCACGUGUAACAUCAUCCAAUCUUAAUCGUUUAACUAGUCGUUCACUUGAUCUUGUUUCAUCAACAAAUCCUCAUCUUACUGUUCUACCAUCGCUUGAAGUACAUGGUCAUGGAUAUAAUCAUCGACUACAACCACCAUCUUCAGCUGUUUUAAAUUAUACACGAUCGCCUUCAAUUGAUCAACUCAAAUAUACACCACCAGUAUUUUUAACGCCUUCACCUCAAAUUUGCAAGCCUACAUAUAAUCAACGAUCAGCAAUAAAUGAUACUAUACAACAGAAUUAUUAUUCAAAAUUUCGAACCAAUUUACAGCACCCACUUAUGGCUACCGGUAUUCCGCCAUCUUUGGAAAAUAAUGCCAUGUAUGGUAUUCCUCCAUCAUCAACUGAUUAUAAUGAUGCACGAAAUUCUUGUAAAUUACGUCGACAACAACCUAUUAAACGUGAAUCAUCACGUCGAAUUGUUGUUCGACCUGUUGUACAAAGACGACGAGAACCAUCAAUUAGUUCAUCAUGUGAAUCAUUAGAUGAAUUACGUUCACCUACUACACGUCAAAUUCCAACGGAACAGUCAAAUAUUCCAAAUCAACCUGUACCAUUUACACAAUCCACUUUAUUAAUUACUGAUGUUAUUGAUGAUUCGAGGAAAAAAGCAAAUAAUUUAAUACGUUCAUCAUCAAAUAAUGAUUCAUUAUCUGAUGAUAGUGAUAUAAAUUUAUAUGAAAUGCGUGUACCUAUUGGUAAAACAUAUGAUACAUCAGAUAUAAGUGUACAAUUAGAAGGACCAAAAAUUUUAAUACAUUGUCAUACAAUAGAACCAACAGAUAAACGUGGAAAUUAUCGUAAACAUGAAUUUAAAACUGAAUUAUUAGUACCUGAUGUUGUUAAUGAUGAAACAAUUGUUGCUUAUUUAACUGAAGAUGGACAAUUAAUUGUUGAAGGAAAAUAUCAACCAUGGGCAUGGGAAGAAAUUAAACGAAAGAGAAAAAUUGAACAACAAGAAAUAAAAUCUUCUUCAUCUUCAGUGCUUCAAUCAACUUCACCUCGACUACCACCACCACCGCCACCGCUCGUUUCUGCACCAUCAACAAAUUCUACUAUAGCAUCGACAAGAAAUGAUGGAGACCUGCAACAAGAGAAGAUUUCACCGUCACUCAUAUCUAACAAUCACCGAAUAAUGUUUAAUAAUAAUAAUAAUAAUAAUCCUGUAAACAGAAUUGAAACAUUAAAUAAUAAUCGAACUGUGGUUCAUAUUGGUGAACCAACAAUAUCAUCACAACAAUAUACAGAUACAAAAAGUGUAAGUGAUAUAAUCAAUCGUUUUAACACAUUAAAUACAACGCCUACACCAACUAUAUGGGAUGGACAUUAUACAUUUACAAAUGAUAUUCCACCUCUCCUUUUAUAUCAUCUUCGUUUACCAUUUGAAACAUUAAUGGAUUCAAUUCGUAUACAAUCUGAUCCAGAAUUGAGUCUAUUAAAAAUUUUUAUUGAACAACAAGAGAGAAAUUUAUUACCACAAUAUGAACAACAACAAAAUAAAAUUAUAAUACGUUCAACAACACGUUUUUGUCGUCUACCAAGAGAUUAUACAUAUGAUUAUACUCAUUUACGUGUCAUAUUUCUAAAAGAUAAUUUUAUUCGUAUUGAAUUACCUACAUUAAAUUAA